AUGUUUAAAAGACUAAAAGGAGUGUUUUCCAGAACAAAAUUAUCACCUGAGCAAUCAGACAGUGAAAAUGAAGGCAUUCCUCCACCAUCCAAGCCGUCUACAGACCAGAGUGAAAAUACAAAAAAAGACGACGCACAGAAAACUGAGGCCAAUAAGAAGGCAGAGCCUUCACCAAAGGAACAAGAGGGAGUUCCAGAAAAACCAGCCAAGUCUUCACAAACUUCACAAACUGAAAAAUCAACCGAACCAGCUAAGGCAACUCAGCAAGAGCAGCAUCAGCUCAAUAAUGGGAAGGAAGAUGCCAACACAAAGAACACAACGUCUCGAGGAUUCCAAACAAAUGAAUAUGCUGAUGCCCAGCUUCAGGAGAUUGUCAGAAAAAUGCGGGAAAGGACCACAGCCUAUAAGGAAAAGCUGAAAGACCCCGUGUUGUCCUCCCCUGAAGGCACACCAUCAAAGAAGAAGCCUCCACCCCCACCAAAAGAAGAAAAGAAAGAAGAAAAGAAAGAGGAAGCAGAAGCAAAGCCAGAAGAGGAUCACUACUGUGAUAUGCUGUGCUGUAAAUUCAAGAAACCUCCACUGAAAAAGUACAAGACCUAUCUAAAGCUGCCAGACAGCAUAGAUUCAUACACGGAUCGCCGUUACGUAGCUUGGCUCAUGCUUGUGACAGUGGCCUAUAAUUGGAAUUGUUGGUUUAUCCCCCUUCGCUACGUGUUUCCAUAUCAAACUCCAAGUAAUACAAUAUACUGGUUUGCCAUAGACAUCAUCUGUGAUAUCUGCUACCUGUGUGACCUGCUGGUUUUCCAGCCCCGAGUGCAAUUUUUAAGAGGUGGAGAUAUAAUAGUAAACAAAGUGGAAAUGAAGAAAUUCUAUCACAGCACUGUAAAGUUUCGGCUCGAUUUGAUAUCAGUAUUGCCAUUUGACGUUCUAUACUUUUUCUUUGGAUUCAACCCAGCAUUUAGGGUAAACAGGAUGCUAAAGCAUAACACAUUCUUUGAGUUCAAUGAUCGUUUGGAAGCUAUCCUGGACAAAGCAUACAUCUACAGGGUCAUUCGAACCACUGGAUACUUGCUGUUUAUCUUGCACAUUAAUGCAUGCUUGUAUUAUUGGGCUUCAGACUAUGAAGGACUUGGCAGUACUAGAUGGGUGUACGAUGGCCAAGGAAACAUGUACCUGAGGUGUUACUACUGGGCAGUUCGUACUUUAAUCACCAUCGGUGGCCUUCCAGAGCCACAAACAUUGUUUGAGAUAGUUUUUCAACUGCUGAAUUUUUUCUUGGGUGUCUUCGUUUUCUCCAGCUUAAUUGGUCAGAUGAGAGAUGUAAUUGGAGCAGCUACAGCAGGACAGAACUACUACCGUUCCUGUAUGGAUAACACCGUCUCCUAUAUGAACACAUAUUCAAUUCCAAAACUAGUUCAAAAUCGUGUUCGAACCUGGUAUGAAUACACAUGGGACUCUCAGGGAAUGCUGGAUGAAUCAGAAUUACUGGAGCAGAUGCCAACCAAAAUGCAAUUAGCCAUUGCAAUUGAUGUGAACUUUGCCAUUGUCAAUAAAGUUGACCUAUUCAAAGGGUGUGAUACUCAGAUGAUAUACGACAUGCUGCUAAGGCUGAAAUCCAUUGUGUAUUUACCUGGUGAUUUUGUCUGCAAAAAGGGAGAAAUUGGCAGAGAGAUGUAUAUCAUCAAACAAGGUGAAGUUCAAGUCCUUGGAGGCCCUGAUGGCACAAAAGUCCUGGUUACACUACGAGCAGGAGCUGUAUUUGGGGAGAUCAGCCUAUUAGCCGCAGGUGGAGGAAAUCGAAGGACUGCCAACGUGGUGGCUCAUGGUUUUGCCAACCUUUUCAUUCUAGACAAGAAAACACUCAAUGAAAUCUUGGUGCAUUACCCUGACUCAGAAAAACUUCUGAUGAAGAAAGCAAAGGUGUUGCUGAAAGAGAAGGGUAAACCUGCUCCUGGACCACCAGUGCAGCAGCCCCGGGGCUUGGCCAAUCUGUUUGGACAAAAACAGGAAACUCCAAAACUGUUUAAAGCGAUGUUUGGAGCUAAAGGAAAAGGAGGCCUUGCUAAGCUGCUGCAGCUGAAGAGAGAACAAGACAUUCAGGUAAUGUCACAGAUAACAGAACAGAUUCUGUCAACACAAAUAGGCUUGGCCAAGGAAAUGAGGCACUGGAGAGAACAUGAAGCUGAAGCACAGAAGACUGAAAAAGAGGAGAAGAAACCACCAGAGCCUGCAGCCCCAUCUGCACCCCCUCCGAAAAAGGAAGAGCCAGAAGCAGACACUAAGCCUAAACCACAUGCAGUUAUGCACAGAGGAACCACUAAUGAGUCUCUGAUCAUCACUAUGUCUCCUUCCCCCAGAGCAGGAGAAGGAGAGAUCCUUAAAGUCGAAGCUAAAGAGAAGAAAAACAAAUAGAUGGUACUUUGGGCCUCGUUUUGUUGAACUCGAAGGGCUCAGUGUGACUUUGCCUUUGGGUACAGAAGAUAGAAAUAGAAGCUACUCAAGAGAGAAUCUACCCCAGCCAUUUUUCUUCCCUCCUCUCCUGAGGCAACGGGACAAAUUGUUUGUACACUUACAUCUUAAUCUUGAGUCUGAAGAGAGAACUGCUUGUGUAAUAGGAAUUAGAUAUCUGAUUGCAUUUCAGAACAGCUUGCUUCUUGGUUGAUCUAUGCUCUCCAUUAUCUCUUACUCUGCCUUGUUCCUGCUUCUCCUUUUCCCUCUCCUGUUUAUUCUCUCUUUCUUAUUAUUUUUCCUCUUUGUUAGUUUGCUUGUAAUUUUCAUGUCUGUUCUGCUCUACUUUCUUUUCUGGUUUCCUAUAGCUGUCCUGUUCCUUGUUACUUCACUACUAUUGCUGAGGUUACUCAUGUUUCUGUCAAUCCUUCUCUCCCCUCCCCUUAUACUUCUAAUCAGCGACACGCUUUUGUGACAGCAUUGGUCAGCACAGAAGGCUCUGAUGCUCAGCAUUAGGAUGUCUUAGCUCAGGACAGACAGUUACAAAAUAAAACCAUAUAAAUAAAUAAAUACAAAAAUCACAACAUACAAUAUGGGGAAUUGGGCUGUGUAAUUACUGCUAGCUUCCUGAAAGCAAAAGCAUCAUUCCAGGUGUCUGUAUUGACUCUGGUGAGUUAGAUCAGCAGAAUUAAGAUACUUCCCACACGCCCUUGGGGAGCAACCUUUAACUUUUGGUUGUUGAUUUACACACUUCACCUUCUCAAGGGGUUGGAUAUUAAUACUGCUCUCUGAAGAGCAACCAUUUGAUACCGGCUAAUUUUUUUGAAGAACCUCUUAUCUAGAGUGGCCAAUUUAGAAAUAAGAGCAGUUUUAUAAUAAGCAAGAUUUACACUUUUUGGCCAUGUGCUACACAAUUCCAAGAGGCUGAAUGCUCCAGUUGUUCAUUUCCACCGCAGAUCUCACCUGAUAGCAACAAAUGAGCCACACACCUUACAGGGUGGGCUACAUCAUACCUAUGAACUAAAGCAAAUCGUUUGCCUAGAAAGCUCUCUCAGCUGUGUCACUGACAAGAAGCUGCCAACAUCAACCUUCUGCACAGACUCAAAGC